AUGUCGGUCAUUGAUACCAGCAAAGACCUCUCCGCCCUCUUCUCCCAACAGGUCCGUGCCACCCCCGACGCCCUCGCCCUGGAGGAUGGCUCCACCACCUACACAUAUGCCGAGCUAGACAAUGAGGUGGAGGAGAUCACUCGGCGGCUCCGCGCAUACGGUGUCAGUCGGGACAGCCUCGUGGGUGUGCUUCUGCCGCGCAGCGCACACUAUGUGAUUGCCUGUUUGGCGGCCCUUCGCGCCGGCGGGGCAUUUCUUGUGCUGGAGCUGGCCUAUCCUCCGGAUCUGCUGGCGGAUGUCAUUGAGGAUGCCAAACCCGCCGUGAUCAUCACGCAUAAGGGAGAUGCGGGGAAGAUUAAAGCCGACGUGCCGCUGGUGAAGAUGGACGAACCGGCCGCAGCGCUCAACGGCUAUGCAAAGGAGCCGGCGCCUCUCCCAGCUGACGAUGAUCUCGACAGACUAGCGUUCGUGUCCUACUCCUCUGGCACGACCGGUAAACCGAAGGGUAUUGCCAACCCACACCGCGCCCCUGUACUUUCGUAUAACCUGCGAUUUGCCGUGCAGGACGUUCAGCCGGGCGACCGGGUGGCCUGCAACGUUUUCUUCAUCUGGGAGAUCCUCCGGCCGCUUCUGCGGGGUGCGACAGUCGUCACGGUACCCGAUGAAGUCAGUUAUGAUCCGGCUGCGCUGGUGGACCUGCUGGCGGCAAAGCGCAUCACCGAGACGCUCAUGACACCUACCCUUCUGGCGACGGUCCUCUCGCGGCACCCGCACAUUGGGGUCCGUCUCCCGGAGCUGCGGACCCUGUGGCUGAACGGCGAGGUGGUCACCGCGGACCUCGCCCGCAGAGCCAUCAAGGUGCUUCCAUCGACGCGUUUGUUGAAUUGCUAUAGUGCCUGCGAGACACACGAGAUUGCCUGCGGUGAUAUCCGGGAUAUGUUAGACGAUGAAGCAGAGUAUUGCCCUGUUGGGCCGCCCCUGGAUCCGACACACACAUAUAUCUUGAACGAAAAUGGCGAGAAAGUGGAGGACGGCACUGCGGGAGAACUUUACAUUGGCGGAGAUCUCCUUGCCCGGGAGUACAUCAACCUGCCUGAGACAACGGCUCAAGCCUUCAAGCCGAAUCCCUUCGAUGCGACCCCCGGCUCGCGUAUGUACAGAACCGGUGACCUCGCGCGCAUGCUCCCUUCCGGGUUGCUUGAGAUCACUGGCCGUGUCGGUGCCAUGAUCAAGCUCCGCGGUUACUCCGUCGUGCCGGCCAAGGUCGAGAAUGACAUUGUCCAGUACCUGGCUGUCAGCCACUGCGCCGUCGUCGCCCACGGCGAUGGCCUGGAGCGCCAGCUGGUUGCGUAUAUUGUCCGCGACAAGCAGCACUCCCAGGACCGUCCGGUUGUAGAGAUCAACGAAUCCGGACACAGCCCGGCGGCACGUCGCGUGCUGUCUCCUUACCUCGCACACUAUAUGAUCCCCGCGCAGUGGGUGGAGCUGGACGAGCUGCCCACCCACGAAGUCUCCGGCAAGGUCGACCUCAAGAGCCUCCCGCCGCCGCCCAACGCCACGCAGGUCAAUAGCAACGGAAAAGCUAAGCAGGAUCCGAUCGGCAUCGACAAUAUUGCUGCGAUCUGGGCGACCACCCUCAAGACAGCGAGAAACCUUCUGAAGCCAGAGGACAACUUCUUCGAUCUCGGUGGCCACUCCCUCUCGCUCGCUGAACUUGCUUCCAAACUAUCGCGGACCUUUGGCUUCCGCGUUCCCAUUGCCCGCCUGGCCGAGAACGCCACACUUACCGGCCAUCUGGCUACUGUCCGCGGGAUUCGCGACGGUCACACCGCUGCUGUGCAGGCUGACCUUCCAGCUGUCCUGCGCGCCGACUCCACCCUUGACAACGACAUCCGCCCUUCGAAUGCGACGAUCUGUCCGGUCAACAAGGCAGAAACGGUGCUUCUGACCGGUGUCACAGGCUUCCUUGGCCCCUUCCUUUUGAAUGACUUGUUGGAAAACACGUCCGCGCACAUCAUCUGUCUGGUACGUUUUAAUGAACCUGCGGACGAUGACCAACCGGGCGGUGUGGCGCGUAUCCGUCGCAAUCUGCUCGACAUGGGCCUCUGGCGCGACUCGAUCAUGGAGCGUGUGGAGAUCCUGCCAGGCAACCUAUCCAGACGACUCUUUGGUCUGUCCCCCGACGCCUUCGAUGAGCUUGCUGCUCGCGUUGAUGUCAUCGUCCAUGCGGCUGCCACCGUCAACCUGGUGUACCCGUAUGCUGCGCUGCGCGGCCCCAACGUCGGUGGAACGCGCGAAAUCCUCCGUCUGGCUUGUAAGGGCGGCGCGACCGUGCAGUAUGUCUCCACCAACGGCGUGCUGCCACCGUCUGGCGAAAAGGGGUGGCCCGAGGACACGAUGCUGGCCGUCGACGACGUGCCCCAGAAGCUUCUGGACGGUUACGGACAGACGAAGUGGGUGGCUGAGCAGCUCGUUCUGGAAGCGGGUCGUCGAGGACUGCCGGUCAAGAUCCAUCGUAUUGGAACUAUUAGCGGCCACAGCGUCACUGGUGCUGCGAACGCUUGGGAUCUUCUGACCGCGCUGAUUGUGGAGUCCAUCAAAUUGGGCUACGCCCCUGAUGUGGAAGGCUGGCGUGCUGAGAUGACCCCCGUGGAUUUCGUCAGCAAGGCCAUCGUCCAUCUUGCUACACAGACUCAGACGGAACAGACCGUUCUGCACCUGGGAGACCCCAACCCCGUCAACAUGCGGUCUGUCUUUGAGGGCCUGAAAGAGCUGGGUUAUCCCACGGAACCUCUGGGAUGGGACGAGUGGGUUUCUCGCUGGACCAAGGAGCGGAGUGGUGUCAAAGGUGGUGAUGGCUCGUUCACUGUGGACAUUCUCCGCAGCGGUAUGCCGUCGGUCGAGUUCCUGCGUGGCAUUGUUGUGCUUGACAACGCCGCCACCAGACCACUGCGCGCAGAAGUCGAGCGGCCUAAGGUUGAUACGCUUCUCCUCGAGACUUACACGCGCCACUGGUUCGCUCGAGGAUGGCUGCCCCGCGCUCCGUCGAAAAAGCACGCUCUUAGCCAGUCGCCCAAGCCCAAGGGCCCUCUCUCUGGUCGCGUGGCCGUGGUGACGGGAGCGUCGUCUGGAAUUGGCGCCGCUGUCGCCACCGCGCUGGCCCGCGAAGGCUGCAAGGUGGCCAUCGCUGCUCGCCGACGUGACGCCCUUGAAGCCGUCAAGGCCAAACUGCCCGGCGAUAGCAAGGUGCUGAUCCAGCCGACCGACGUCACGAAACAGGCCCAGGUCGAGGCCCUCUUUCGCGCGGCGAAGGAGGAGCUUGGCCCGAUCGACAUUGUUGUCUCGUGUGCGGGCGUGAUGUACUUUACUAUGAUGGCGAACACGCAGAUGGACGAGUGGGAGCGGACCGUCGAUGUCAACUGCAAGGGUCUUCUCUACUGUCUGUCCUCCGCUGUGCCGGACAUGCUCGCGAGGGGCAGUGGCCACAUUGUCGCGAUCUCUUCCGAUGCAGGGCGCAAGGUCUUCCCUGGUCUGGGCGUUUACUCGGCUAGCAAGUUCUUCGUCGAGGCGACCCUGCAGUCCCUGCGCCUGGAGACGGCGGGCACGGGUCUGCGCGUGACGAGCGUGCAGCCUGGCAACACGGCUACAGAUCUGCUGGGUAUGUCGACGGAUGCGGAGGCUGUGAAGAAGUACGGAGAGCCGUCUGGAGCACAGAUCCUCGAUCCAGAGGAUGUGGCCAACUCGAUUGUCUACGCGCUUCGCCAGCCUGCGCAUGUUGCCCUCAACGAAAUCCUCAUUGAGCCUCGUGAUGAGCCGAUCUAG